AUGAUUGUGCAAGGGCAAGGCCAAGUUACUACUCCUGUUCGUGUAGGGUUCUAUUCACGUACAUGUCCAAGAGCAGAGUUGAUUGUCAAGCAAACAGUCGAAGCUCAUUUUAACUCCGAUCCUUCCGUUGCUCCUGGCUUACUAAGGAUGCAUUUUCAUGACUGUUUUGUCCAGGGUUGUGAUGCUUCAGUCCUUCUCGAUGGCGCAAACACUGAGAAAACAGCCGCACCUAACCGCGGUUUAAGAGGUUGGGAAGUCAUCGACGAUGCAAAGACUAAGCUUGAAGCUGCAUGCCCCGGGGUGGUUUCCUGUGCGGAUAUUCUCGCCCUUGUUGCUCGUGAUUCUGUGGUUCUCACCAAGGGAUUCAGUUGGAAUGUGCCUACUGGAAGAAGAGAUGGAAGGGUUUCAUCGGCAUCUGAGACUAUUAGACUCUUUGCAGCAGCUAUCUUACCAUGCCGAGGAGAGCUCUGCCUUGCUGCAGUUCAAGGAGAGCUUUAUUAUUGA